AUGGCUGGAUUCUGUCCCCAUAGUCAAUUGUUAUUCGGACUCUGGCACCGGCCGUUCAUCUCACUCUACGAGCAAACUCUGGUAACCCAUGCCAUACAGAUCUCUCAGCGAUAUGCAGGCGACAAAGCACCGGCAUAUCGGGCUGCGGCAGGAUCUUUGCGGGUCGCGUACUGGGACUGGGCUGCGAACGCGUCGCUGCCGGAGAUCAUUACCCACGAGAGAAUCGAAGUCAACGGCCCCUCGGGCCCCGUGACUGUCAAGAACCCUCUCCAUAGCUAUUGGUUCCAGAGCUACCCAUUCAGCAUCCAGUAUAUGAACGCUGGAGUCCUGUCGAAGCAGAGCCGCACGACCCGCUGCCCUACAGAGGAUAUUAACGACGAUGUCGCCAAAGUGAACGCUGCCCUUGUGUCCUCUGAGUUCAAAGCCCAAGUAUACAACACCUUCACGACUGUCACAUCCUUUGAGAACAUGGUGACAGACCGGUACACCGCAACGAGCUUUGAGAGCCCACACAACAACGUGCACAACUCGGUCGGCUGCAGCAACGGCACCAUGUACGACCUGAACUGGUCGGCCUUUGACCCGGCCUUCAUGCUCCACCACACCAACGUCGACCGCCUCAUCGCGCUGUGGCAGGCAAUCUACCCCAACUCGAGCAUCUUUAACGUUGUCGACUACGCCGGCGCCUUGUACGGCACGGCCGCGGGCAACGUCAGCGCCGACACCCCGCUCAAGCCCUUCCACGACCGGCCGGGCGACGGCGACGGCGUCGACGGCUUCCACACCAGCCGCUCCGUGCGCGACAUCGCCGUGCUGGGCUACACGUACCCGGAGCUCCAGGUGCGCGGCGAGGACGGCGGCGGCGGCGACAACAGCAACAGCACCAGCACCAGCAACAGCACCGCCGCCGCGCCGAGCCCGGACGAGCUCGCCGAGCACGUGCGCUUCAAGGUCAACUCGCUGUACAGCAGCGUGCCGACGACGUCCGAGAACGUGACGGAGGCGCGGCGCGCGCGCAGCCUGGUGCGCCGCCGCCGCUCCCCCUCCUCGUCGUCAUCGGGCCGCUUCAAGGGCAAGGACAGCAAGACCCCGGUGCGGCGGCCCGUGGCGACGCGCAAGACGUGGUCCGUGGCCAUCAGCGUCGACAGGGCCGAGGUGCCGCUGCCGGCCACCAUCGGGUGCUACCUGAGCGAUGAUGACAAGAGGGAGCAGGCCGGGCGCAUGUCGCUGCUCGCGGUCCCGGCCGUGGGCGUCACGCACUCUACGAUCCCGCUGGACAGGGCUCUGGGCGCGGUCGGGGGUGUGGACCUUGCUGAUGCGGAUGAGGUGGCUUUGUAUCUGAACCAGACCCUGAAGUUUGAGGUGCUAAAGGGCGACGGAACACCCAUCGAGAACCUCGAAUGGAUCCCGAGCCUGCAGUUCAUCGUGCAGGAUCGCGACUACACGCCGCGAGAGAGCGACGUGGAUUUCCCCACGUACGGGGCUGCUAACACCAGAAAGAUGGGCAAGAGCCAUGGGCGGUGGACUUUGUCGGGUUAG